GAUAAUCGGAUCAACUGAAACACUCCUCAUUGUAACAGACUGGGUAGCGAAUGAAUAAAAACCAUAGAUCUAUUUGAGUCAACCAAUAGAAAACUGCUACAUAGCAGUCUAUUAAAAUAAGAUUUCACAGUUUACCUAUAUUUAAAGGAAAUAUUUAAUCACUCGUGAUUAUACAAGAGGGUAUAUAGAAUAGCACGUUUGGUGAAAUGAGGACAGAUAAAACAGAAAGGAAAUGAGAAAAUUACACAUAUUCAUUAUUGGAAUGGUUACUUAUGUGUGCUGCACAUUUAUUUGGUUCUUCCCAGAGACAGAUGAGACUCUUGAAUUCAAAAAAAGCCACUGCAACCUUGAAUCUUGGUAUCGGCAAUAUAAACCGCAGUCUAUCUCUGACCAUUAUAUGUCUCGUGUUGUUUCUUACGCAAAUUGAAGAUAUUUUUCUGAAAGAGCAAAUGCAUUAAAAAGUGCCUCAAUCUUUCUCAGACAACGGCCAAAAGGAUCAGUGAUCCCCAAAAUGUAUUAUGAUCAGCCAAUACCAUACGAACAUAAUUUCCAAAGAGUUAUUAAUGAACCGAAUCUCUGUUCACAACAUGGAAGAAUAUUUAUUAUUUAUGCUAUUAUCACUAUGUACAAUCAUUUUGAUCGGCGGGAAAUAUUAAGAAAAUCUUUUAAAAAUAUUCCAAGUGACUCUUGUGCGAGAGGCGUCAUUAUUAAACACGUUUUUCUUUUCGCUAAGACAGAUAAUUCUACAAUUGAAUCCCUCAUUCAAAAAGAGAGCGAAAUGUAUCAUGAUAUCCUUCAGGAGGAUUUCAAGGAAUCAUAUACGAAUGUUUCUAUGAAAGCAAUUAUGGCGUGGAAAUGGAUUGGAGAGUUCUGUGCCAAUGCCGAAUAUGUUGCGAUGAUGAAUGAUGAGUCUUUGAUAGAUCACGGCAGACUUGUAUCGUGGCUUGGCACGGAUUUCUCCAAAGGUGCUCGCGAAGACCACUUUGCACUUUGUUAUCCUGUUGGCCAGGCACGAGCCCAUCAUCUUGAGCUAGAGCGGUUUCGUGUGUUAGAACCCCGAAAAUUAUAUCAAGGACAGUUCUAUCCCCGGUAUUGUCACGGCUUUGCUUAUGUUGCACACAUCAAAGUAUUCAACAAACUUUAUCUGGCAGCUUUGAAGAAUACUCAUUUUAUGCCGACUGAUGUCUGGAUUGGUAUUCUGACUGAGAAGCUAAGUCUUAAAGUACUUUUUCAUCAAAAACAAUUUAAGCUCUACAAAGUUUUGGAACAUUACCAACCUCAGAAGUAUUCCAAGUCUCCGGCCAUUGUUGCAAUAUGUGAUAUAGAGGAAGACAAAUUCCAAACAAUCGAUAUUAUGCGGCAUGUUUAUAAAGUGAUUUCCCAAGAAAUACGAUAGAACUGAUAAUAAUUGGUUUAAAUAAACAUAGUUUCACAGUUCUUAUUAUUAUUGGGAUCAAAACAUGAAGUAUUCUAACUCGACCAAACCUGUACGUUUGGCAUGGUGGGCAUGGAUGGAGUUUAACGAAAUUUUCUUGUCUAAAUAAACGGGAGAUUUAUUAUUAUUAUUAUUAUUA